AUGUUCUCCUGCCCUCUCCGUUAUUCGUUACAAAGGGAAAACAUCUCGCGAGCAGGGUUGUGUUUUGAAAGGCUCGCGGACGCUGUUUUACGGUAUAUUAGUUCAAACUGAAACGCGGAAGAACGCAGGACUAGAAGGACAACUGUAGUUAUCGAUACAGCACGACAUUUGCCAGAAUAUCCGAUACUGAUGCGAGAACUGACUCGUGCGUUGUGGAAUCGUUUUCCUCUUUCAAUGAUAUCCAUAAAUCAAGAGGGAAGAUCCAACACGGAUGUAAUCGGAAUACUUGGGAUUUUCCUCACAGCCGUGCUCAAGUAUGAGCUCGCCUUUCAGGCUGUUGUUAGUGGAGCUCGUGAGGGGUAGUGUUUCAUAAUGGGAUGAUGUUCAGUGCUGAAUGUCAUACUGCUAGUGUUUGCAUCAUAAUCCCUCAGCUGACAUUCAGAUGUUGUCUUCUAAAACUGCAUGAAGAGCAUUUCCAUGAGGUGCAGAGGGAGUGAAAGUUGCAUCCAUCUCAUAAAAUCCCAAACAUCUAGCAGCCCUAAACUCAUGUAGUUCACAGACUGAGGCAUGAAAAUGGAUAAACUCACCAUUAUUUCAGGAUGUCUCUUUCUCGCAGCAGAUAUCUUCGCAAUUGCAAGUAUUGCAAAUCCAGACUGGAUCAAUACAGGCGGUCAAGAGGGCGCUCUGACUGUGGGUCUAGUCAAGCAAUGCCAGACCAUCCAUGGUCGAACCAGGGUAUGUAUCUCCCCAAGCCUUCCUCCAGAAUGGAUCACUACCCUGUUCUUCAUCAUAUUAGGCAUCAUCUCCCUCUCUAUCACAUGUGGGCUGCUUGUGAUCUCACACUGGAGGAGAGAGGCUACAAAAUAUGCCCGCUGGAUCGCCUUCAUGGGAAUGGUCCUCUUCUGCAUGGCCGCUCUCAUAUUUCCAGUUGGAUUUUACAUCAAUCAAGUUGGAGGACAACCUUACAAAUUACCCAAUAAUACUGUGGUUGGGUCCUCAUAUGUACUGUUUGUUUUAUCAAUAUUUUUUACAAUAGUUGGACUUCUUUUUGCGGGUAAAGUCUGUCUGCCUGGCUGACAAAUUCUCUGGUUUUACAAUUUUUUUAUGUUGCACAUUUGACUUUUUCAAUGCCAGUGCGGUUUAAAUGAUGACCAAAAAAAAACCUCAAACACUUCAAAGGGAUGACUUAUUGACACAAAAGGGCCUUUUGCAGUGGAAAUGUUAUUAUAAUGAUAUCGUGGUCAAUAAAAGAUUUACAUAAGCAAUAAUGUACAGUCAUAAAGUCAUUAUCACUAAAUAAAUCAUCCUUGCAUUGCCCUGAGGGGGGUUAUUUAGCGGUAAUGACUGACGGACUGUACAAUAUCCCGCUUAUGACAUGGCUACUCACCAAAUAAAUAAAUAUAUAGACAU